GUUCUGUCAAAGUCAAAAUUUAUCUAAUGUUAUGACAUCACUACAAAAAUCACAAUAAAUCAUCGAUAAUUUUCCAGAAAUUUCACCACAAAUUAAAAAAUUAACAAGUGCAUUAAAAACACACACUUUUUACAAAAAUGUCACUGAAUACCGCCCAUUUAAAUGGUGGUGUGCUCAUACACAAUGGAGAACAGAUUUUGCUGUACUCCGAUGGCGUUACGAUGGAAUGGUCCGCGCAACAAGCGGGCCCAUUUCAAGGAGCAAAAAAGGGAAUAAUGUACCUCACUACUCAUCGCGUUAUUUUCAUCAAUAAGUCACAGGCAGACGAGAUGCAAAGUUUCAGUUUCCCAUUCGUAACACUCAGCGAGGUGGAAAUCGAACAACCCGUUUUUGGUGCUAAUUACAUAAAAGGGAAAGUGAGAGCUCAACCGAACGGUAAUUGGAUCGGCGAGGCCAAAUUCAAGAUUACCUUUAAGAAAGGUGGGGCCAUUGAGUUUGGAGAGUCAAUGCUAAGGGCUGCUCACUUCGCUUCUAGAGGAGGUAUGCAAGCUCCUCCGCCGUAUGUCCCUCCGCAAAACCAAUGGUACGCAGCUCCUCCACCGGCUUACGCUCCACCACCUCAAGGUUUUUACGGUUGGGUGCCACCGACAAACGUAUUUCCUCAACAACCCCCUUCUGAUGGUGUAUUCAUGACUGACGCGCCUCCGCCAUAUCCUGGCAUUAACUCACCCUACCCUGGCCCGGCCGGUUACGCUCCGCACGGUCCUGCUGGUGCCCAUGGUUCCUUUGCUAAUCCUGCUGAUGCGAAAGCUGCAGAAGCUGCCCAAUCAGCUUAUUACGAUCCGAAUCAACCUCAAAUGGCUUAUAUUCCUCCGCCGGCAUAUUAUGAGAACCCGCCGAGCUACAAUCAAGCCACUGGUAAGAAACAACAAUAAAUUUCUACUGUUAUGAAUUAUGCACUCGUGCAGAUAAAUUUUUGUCCACGUGUAUUAUUUUUCGUUUUGUUCGAUUUUCGUCGUAAAAAUACGAGGCGAUGUUUCUUAUUAAUAUGUUCAAUUGAAUCACGUAAUAUUGUUUCAUUAUUCAUUCCAUUCACUAUUUUUACGUAUCUACUAUACUAAUUAAAUAUUCGUAUUUCAUCUUAUAUAUAUUUUUCAUUCUCCGUUGAAAAAAAAACAAUAUGUUAUGCAUUUAUAUAGGUUAUUUUAGUAUUUUUGUAUAUAUAUUUCAUGUUGUAAGCUUAUAUUAUGUUUUAACACUUGUUGAGAUUGCUUGUAAAUCAUAUUAUUUCAAUACAAUAAAGAGCAAACUAUUUGUGUAAGUAUUGAAUGGGAGAAUAUGAAAAUGAAUUUUAAAUCUUCUGUUAUAUUACUGCUAAUGGUUUGGAAUAAUGUUACAAAUAAAAUAAUAUUCUAUUUACUCUAAACAAACAUUUAAAAACGUUAUAUAUCUUCUAAAUUCUACUCACUCAUUUUUUUUUUAAUUAAGCCGGUAAAACUGAAAAAACUUCUUCGCUGUCUACCCUCGAUUUCGCUUUGGGAAAAUCGAAUUGCAAUUUAUCGCUGUAUUCGAACGUCCCUAUUUCCAUUCCAAUGAAACCACCUGAACCCUUACCGCCUUUAUAGUAAAUAGCAGCGGAAUUUAAUGGUACCGCCGGGUCCGAGUAAACGGGCUGAAUGUCUAUAAACGGUACCGUCGUUUGGCCGGCGUCUGCGUCCAAAUCCGUGUGGGUGAAAUCAAUAAAAUACGUGUUCGUGUCGAAUUUUUUGCUUUCCUUCGAGUAUAUUGGGAUGUUAGGUUUCUCCAUGAGCAAUUUCCGUCUGAAAGCACAAGAAUAGUUGCAAUGUUUUUAUGUUUUGCGGUAAAAGUAGCAGUUUACCUGGUGCCUCUUGCCAUUAGCUCACUCGUUUCAUCAUCGUGUAAUCGACCAGUACUAAAAUCGAACGGAGUUUCGAUUAUUUGGAGUCUCAGUCCGGAACCCAUCAUAACAAAUUUUACUCCUGAAACCAAUUCAUAUUCAACUUUAUUCGAGUAAAUUAAUACAGACCAUUUCUAAGCACCCGCUCGGUUAAUAGCUGAUAAACCCUAAUAAGUUUAUCGAUGAUUACUUACAGCUUAGGAUUUAAAAGUCUUCUUAUUUAUUUCUAGUAGUUUUAUACAUGCUGUUAAUUGGAUUAUAUGUUUGUAUGUAAGCUAGUCGUGCUAGAAUUUACCUGUAAUAAGGGUGUUUUGUCCUGUCGUUUUCACAGUAUCCAAAUACAACGAUCUACUGAAGUAGUCCAUCGUGUGAUAAUCACUGCCUCUCUUAACGCCGUUAUUGGUGAUUUUAUAAUUGUCCACUGGCACCCAUCUCGUCGUAUUCUGAUCGAUGUAACCGUGCGGCAGUAAUUUCCCUUCUUGGAUUUGUAUGUGGAUGAUGCGAUUGUGCUUUAUCAGCCUCAUACCUGUCACCACUCUACUCGGGCAAUUAGUGUAGGUACAUGGUUUUUGAUUAAGAUUUAUUUUUCUUACUUAUUGGACGCCGUGUCGGACCUGACCGGUCUCAGAUUGAAAUAUCUAUCGGAUUCCGGUCCUUGUUGAUCGCAGAAGCAAAGACAGUAGGAGCAGUGCACGAACCAUCUCGUCCAACUGUCCACGUCGCGAUUGGAGCAAUAAGUUUUCUCUCCGAGCACUUUGUUUUUCAAAUCUAUGAAUUCGUACCUUCGUAAACUAUUGCUGGGCUGAGGAAAAACGGGAGAAAGAAUUAUAUCGGUGCGUUGGUGCUGCAUUCCGAAGAAACUCACCGAUAUGCAGGUUGUAAAAUGCGAUUGCAUGAAUCUGCAAUCGUAGAUCUUGCCGUUGCAGGGCUUCCUUUUAUUGCAAUAUUCGCUGGAGCUGUCGUAGCAUCUGUAACUCGUAGCCGAAGAGUAAGUAGAGCAGGUUUGCUUGCACGAACUUGCAGGAUUCAUAUCGGCUUCGUUCUCAAUAUGCGCCUGUAUGAGCUGAGUAAGUUGUGUGUACGUUUUUCCUUGAUAGAAAUAUGAUAGUAUACGAGUAGUAUCAAAACGUAGCUUGGCAAUUGAA